GUAAGUCCGCGGCUUUGUCGAGAAUUGCAGUACAAGCACAGCAGCUGUCGUGCUCAGGCAAAGAAUGGAGCACUGUAUGCGAUGGUUCCUCCAAAUUUCCGUCUUGUAUGGCCCUACCGCUUUAGGUAUGCCGAAUCGACAUAAAGACAACGGUGCCACAGUGUACCCUAGAGUGUUAGACACAAGGGAAGACAAUUCUGCGAAGACUGUCCUUCUUGACGGAUACUCGCUUUCCCUAAGCAAGGCCUCUGUAUUUGCCGGCAUAGUACAACUGCGAGAACUGACAGACGCUGGAGUCACUGAGAGAUACGUUCCGGGCGCUAAAUAUGACAGACACCUUUACCAAGAUGCCGACAUGAAGGCGUCGCUUCUUCUGAAGCCUCAAGCGCACGGGAAUUACCAUAUAGUCGGCCUGGUCAAUUUCACUCAUCUGAUUCGCCCAAUUGAAAAAUGAAGAAAAAGCGCCAUCAGGAGAAAUACCCCACAAGAUAUCGAGAAUUAGGUCCAGCGAGGAAAGAUCCGAUGUUAUUACAGCUGCAACGAUGGAGCAUUUUCAAGAUGGAGCCAUUAAAUUGAAUGAAAGGAGCUUACCAUCGAGAUAUAACAUCGAGACCUACAUUAUGCUCGACAACUCGCUCACCGGAAAGAUGAGAGAACUAAAGCUGGAUACUAUGGACUACACGGCAACUCUCAUUAGCCAGGCGAAUCUGCUGCUGCGAAAGCUUGAACCCCCUGCCACGAUAGUUGUGACGGGUAUACAAAAGUCAUUUAAAACAAUCGAAACAUACUCAAAGCGGACACAUGAUAAUCGACUCCAAGCGGAGGCUACGGCAAAGCUAUUGUUUGACUAUAUAUCCGCAAACCCACGCAUGAAGCAGUCUGAUUUGAUCGUUCUAAUGACUUGGCUACACAUGGUCGGCUAUACAAGUGAUGGCAAACACAUUAACAUCGAUGGGCAUACAAUACUUGGAGGAGCUUGCUCUAGGAAAAAGGUUGUCAUCUUAAGGGAGGAGCCUGGGCAGUAUUCUGGAGUGCAAGCCACUGCCCAUGAAGUAGCACAUUCGCUAGGAGCUUCUCACGACGGCAUCGGCUCAUCGAGUGAGUGCGCUGAAAAUAAGAACUUUCUUAUGUACCCCUAUGAGUUCCCACCUACUACGAAAGUGUUCUCGAGAUGCACGAAGGACGCCGUUGCACGGUUUCUACGGAUGGAUCUGGCCACGUGUUUGUUUACUGACACAAGCAAGCACAUACCUAUGCAUACACGGACAAAAAAUUAGGAGCGAAGGCAACGGACGAACGGAAUAUCACGGGGAACCAAGGAGCAAACCAGGAUUGUUCUCGCUGAGCGACGAGAACAUAUUUCACUACAAAGGUGUAUUCCCACGUAUAACUUUAUAGUUGGUUAUUCUACGAGAAGUGAGUCAGGAAGCAUACCUCAUUCAUAGGAUUCGUGUGAUCGAAAGCUUUCUGAUCGGAAAUUGCCUUGCAUUCACAAUAAAAACCGGGAAACAC